GAAGACAAAUACGGGCGAGUCAAGCAAUGGUCAAGGGAGCCAGCAUCCUUCUGCUUUUGCUUGCGGAAAUUCUCUUGCAUAUGUUCCAGUUAUUUGCCCGGCAGCUCUUUUUUCUCUUCUCAUCUAAACUCGUUCCCCCUUCUAACGCAUGCUUUUUGCGACCCGAGUCAUCUUCUCCUUCCUAUUUGUAUUGUAUUUAAUCUUUUCACACUAGCAGAUGAGCCCCUUGGUUGGGGAUCAGGAAGACCUGAAUCAGCCAUAACUUUUCCUUUUCUUCUACAUUUUCAUUUUCACACUGUCGGCGUAUGCCGACACUCUUCCCUUGUAGUAGGGACGUUGGAUCAAGGAAGUCAUAUUUUCUCGUGGUAUCGAUUAGAGCAAAAGCAAUGAAGGUAGCUAGGUAGCUAAGUAGGUAGAACCAGGCGCAAUCUGAAUCAAUUUCUGUGGAGUUAAUACAGUGCA